CCCGGCGCUGCUUGAUUUCCCCUUUCCCCGCCCCGGCCUCUCCGGACCUCCUCCGGCGCCGACCCCGCACCCCACGCGCUUGCAGGACCCUCCGCGCCUGAAGCUGGCUGCCGGGAACGGCCCCUGGGCGGCGGGUGCGGCGUGCCCGGGCGGAGAAUGCCUAAAUCAAAGGAACUUGUUUCUUCAAGCUCUUCUGGCAGCGAUUCUGACAGUGAAGUAGAUAAAAAGUUAAAGAGGAAAAAGCAAGUUACUUCAGAAAAACCUGUAAAGAAGCAAAAGACUGGUGAAACUUCAAGAGCCCUGUCAUCCUCUAAGCAGAGCAGCAGCAGCAGAGAUGAUAACAUGUUUCAGAUUGGGAAAAUGAGAUAUGUCAGUGUUCGGGACUUUAAAGGGAAAGUCCUAAUUGAUAUUAGAGAAUAUUGGAUGGAUCCAGAAGGUGAAAUGAAACCAGGAAGAAAAGGUAUUUCUUUAAAUCCUGAACAAUGGAGCCAGCUGAAGGAACAGAUUUCUGACAUCGAUGAUGCAGUAAGAAAACUGUAAAAUCAGAGCCAUAUAAAACCUGUACUGUUCUUACUGUUUUAAUGUCUUUUUACAUUGGCUUUUGUUUUCUAAACCUUGUUUUCCAAGCUAUUGUAUAUUUGGAUUGCAGAACAAUUUGUAAGAUGAAUACUUUUUUUUUUAAUGUGCAUUAUUAAAAAUGUUCUGAGUGAAGUUCUGAGUGAAGCUAAUUGUAAACUUGAUUAAGGAGGGUUGUUUUGUGCCCACCAUCUAGUGUAAAAUAAAAUCAAGUAAUACAGUCUCAACUGUUGUGGCCUUCUUUGAUCAGAAGAAGUUGGUACUAUUUAAGGCCAAAAGUAACAGUUUAUAGACCUUUUUAGUUUCAGCUCAGCUUUUGACACUCAAAAGGAUUUGUAUUGCAUUGAAUUUGUAAUCUUUUUUGAAAUCCAUAGUCGGUCUUUUUUUUUCCAACCCAAAUGUCUGGACUUGUUUGGUUUUUCUACCCCAGUGAUAUUAUACUUUCCCCUUUUUUUCUUUACUUCAUUUUCCUUUAUAACAUAUAUUGUCACAUUCUGUUUUCAUUUCACUUUUUGCUCUUUUCUUUGGACAGAUUAUGCUAAUUUGAAAAGUCAGUUGAAAGUUCAAAAUGUUAGUUAUCUCACUUAAGGUACUUGUAGUUAAAAUAUUAUAUGAGAAUUAACAGUCACUAAUUCUACUGUAUUAAAUAUUAGGAGAUAGAGUUUGAGAAACAACAUGGCUUGUAUGGACACUCUGAGCAGUAAGUGUAUGUCGUUACCUGUAGUGUUCUGUGUAAUUAUUGCAUAGUCUGCAGAAAAUAAUGACUUAGAUAUCUGAUUUGCUUUCACUCACUAAACAUGUUCACCAUGGGGUAAUGUUUAUACAAUCAGAUAUUGUUAAAUUAGACUAGGAUUUAAUAAAAAUUGUGAAAGCUUUCUUGGCCUAACAUUUUAUUUUAUAACAUUGAGUAUGGAUUAUAUGUAGCCAGAGAUAAUACCACAGAGCUUUACUGUCAUAGUAGGUAAUGUGGUCAGUUUUAGGAGAAAGAGCAUAAAGAGCAUACAUAUAUUGUGUUUUGGCCUUUGCUUCAGUAGACUUGGUUCUUUUGUAUUUAAUCUGCUGGACAAUGGCAUUCUAGUCUUAAUGUUGCUAGUUUUUAGCAGGCACUCUAAAGUGAUUUUCACUGAAGCAUAAGGAAGACGCAGACACAUUGAGGCACAGAUUUCAGGGGCUUUGCAGCAAUAAAUGGGGCAUGGUGUGCCUUAGGAAAAGAAUGUAAAGGAAAGGAAUUGAAAUUAAAGAAGGCGACAGUGAAGAGGAAGGAAUUCUCUUCAAACUAAGUAACACAUUUUGAUCACAUUGAUGGGGAACAAUUCUGGAUAGAAUAGUAAAAAGAAAGGUUGAAAUACAUAUACAAAAUUCUUACUGACAAAUAAUGUUUGGUAGCUAAUCUCAGAUGGUUACUGUCAUAUUAGAGGGGUGUACUAUUAUACCAAUUUUGAUUACUAUGUCUAAAAUGUUUUAUAAUAGAAUUGUUAAGGACUUGAUUUCAGAACUAUAAGCCAGGCCACAUACAGUUACCAGUUUUUUCCUGGAAGAUAUUCUAAGAAUUUCUUACUUUUUUGGAUGAUUUUUUUUUUAUAGUGUUUUUAGCAGUAGCCCUAAUAGGUGCAUAAUUGGGGAAAUAUAGAAAUCCUCUUUUCUGGUAUUUAGCCUUCAUCAAAUAAUAGGUAUGAAAGUGUUCAAAAUAUGCAUUUUAGACAAAUUAUACUUGAUUGGUAACUUUCCCCUUAUUUGGGAACAUAUAUGUGUCCCCUUGACUUGGUAGAUUUGUAAAGUGUUCCUUAUUCUACAUAAAGGGUAGUUAGAACUUUGAUUUUGGUGGGGAAGAAGAUAAGGUAUAAAUUUCCUAGGUUUAUAUGAUUUUAGGGGCUGUAUGCAUUUUGAAACAAUCUGCUAAUACAGAGACGGUGCUGAAAUCGAUUACUAGGCAUUUUCUACCUGUUCAGCAUUAUGUUGUUAAAACUGUCUUAUAAGUGUUUCUCUGGCAGAAUUCGGUAAGUUGACUGCUAAAUUCAUUUAAAUGUAUUACUGAAUAUGCAAUAUACAAAAAUUAUUAAUUGUGUGUGUGUAGGAAAGGAUAAGAACUAGGUUAAAAGAAGAGACCAAAUAACUUGUACUGAAAAGGAAAGCUGGGGCACUUUUUCUGUUGAGGCUUGUCUUUCCUAGUAAGAUUUCUUCCAGGAAGGAAGGUUGGCAUUUGAGGCAGUAGUUUUUUACCUUGUAAUGUUAAAGUGAAUUUAAUUAAUGCCAGCCCUUGAAUGUACUUAGUAGGAGGGCUUUUUUAAUGGGUUUUUCCUCUUUGUCUUUUAAAAUACAAGCAGCAUUUGACCGAUUUCCAAUGCUCUUGGCAUUUUAAGAACAACUACAAAAAAGAAAGUCUUUUAAUUUGCUUAUUCUCUUUUGCUUUGCUUCAUAAAUGCCUAAGAACUUCUUUUGAAGAAUAUUCCUACCUCAUUAGCUAGUCAAGAUGCUGUGAUGAUUAACAUUCUAUGUGAUGUGUUUAGGAAAAGAGACUUAGGGAGAAAAACAUACAUCCUGGCUUGGCUAUUGAGGGGAAAAGAGAGAAUUGAGUAUUAUUUAUUCCUGAUAGAGGUAUGUUAGAUGAGUACUAUAAAAGACGUUUUCUAAAAGUGCUGGCUAAUAUUUAGGUAUCUCUCCUGAAAUUCUUCACUGUUUACUUUUUAUGGAAAUAUGGUGAAACACUCAAAAGUUCUUUUUUAAGUGGUUUUUCCAGAUAAACUCUAGAUGUAAACAUUCACAUAAUCACAAACAUGUAAUUCUGUAAUUGUGGAAUACUGUAUGUAUUGUUUGAUACAUCUUCCAUGGAGAUGUCAGUGACUAUAAUACUCAAUCUGUGAAUAUUUUAAAUGUUGAAAUAAAAGUAAGAAAUGUA